AUGACAAACGAAGAGAGAGGUCAAGCAGAGGAGGGCCUCUCGCAACGUGAUACCAACCAUAAGAAAAGCUUUGAUCUUAGUGCAAUUCGAAAUAUAUUGGAAAAGGAUAAGAAUUUGGAGGGUGUUAGAAAUACCGAUGUCGAUUGGUUUCUCAGAGAUCCAAGCGUAGCUGUCGAUUCUAAGGAGAGAAGAAAAUCUGAUGAAAACGACAAAGGAAAGGAGAAAGAUAAGGAACAUGAGGAUCAAGGGGAUAAAGAAAAUGCAAUUGAAAAGAAGCACCCUAAAACCACGGAAGCUAAGACCCAUGCAGCGAAGCAAAAAGGUGAGAAGGAUGAGGGAACUAUUUCAGAAGGUGGAGAGAAAGAAGGUUAUCAGUCAAGUAAAGGACCACUGGCGGGGAGGGAUGACAUUAAGGGCCGUAACUCAAGGCCAGUUAUAGAAUCAAUUAGAGAGGAACAUGAGACAGAAGACGAAGAACUACCCAGAACUGCAGACUCAUCUUCAGCUGUAAACCACAUCCCUCAAAGGCCACAGGAUGCAUCUUACGGACGUAGGAAUAGUGCUUCAAGUAUUGGAAGUAGUGGUAGUAACUCUGGAGGGUUUUUUUCCAAGAUUAAAGAAAAGAUUAGUCACAAACUAUUUGAAGAGAACGACCAACCUCCUCCUCCAUCAGAGAAACCAUUAUUUAAGGAGAAUUACGACUUAAGACUCAGAAAGACCGCGAGCAAUAUUGUUGAUAGGUACCCCGCUUCAGAAAAUAAGAGAACCAAAGAAAGUGAUAGAAACAAGCUAUCUAGAGUAGCAUCAACACCAGCAUCAGGAUCUAAUACAGAUGAUGAAACAUUAGAGCAAUAUAUAAAGUUCUACGGUCAAUCGGAUCCCUCUAGAGGUUCCCGAAGAUCAUCGAUUAAUCCUGAAUCGCUUGAAAGACAUGAGCAAGAGUUACUGAAGUACCAAUCUGAGCAAUGCGCUGGAGAGGGUGCCAAAUCUGGAAAAAUCAGCUCUUUUUUAAGAAGACGAAGCAGCGUGACUGCACCACCUCGAGAGAAAACAAGAGACUCAGUUGACUCAGCAACUGGCUCAACAGACUCAGAAUGCAGUGUAGAACCAUUACCAAAGUUACAGAACGCAAAAAAUUUGAAAAGAGUUGCAUUUCACUCUCUGACUUUUUUGAUUGAUCCACCUCAACAGAUUCCAGCAAGAAAACCAAGAAAAGGGAAUGUUGAAGUGUUAACUAACGGAACGAUCAAAGUUAGACCUCUCACAGAAGAGGAAAAAGUUCUUGUUAAGAGGUCGCUUAUGGGUAAAGGAGGGGGGAUUGUAGUUGGUGGUAGUGGUGCCUUAGGGCUUGUGAGUCCAGAAGAAGAAAAAGAGUUGAAAGAAGGAGAUUUGGGCCAAGAAAUGGAGACCGCCCCUGACAUGGAAGAAGCCCCUAUCGAUAAGGAAGACGAGGAAAAUGCUAUUGACAAACAUGCGAAACUGUUUGCAAUUGACAAGCCAAUGGUUCAUCAUCAAAGAACGGGGUAUGCUCUUCCGGUCGAGAAAAUGGCGCUAGACUUAAUGUAUACAAGAUGCUGUCAUCUUAGAGAGAUUCUUCCUAUUCCAGCUAUACUCAAACAAAUUCCGAAAGGUUCGAUGGCUCCAAUACCUAUGUUACAACUCAAGAACCCAAAUCCAACGAUGAUAGAAAUUCAAUCAUUUGCAGAUUUUUUAAGGAUAGCACCAAUUAUAUGUAUAUCUUUGGAUGGUGUGAACCUUUCUUUGAAGCAAUUCAAAAUUUUGUUAUCUGCUAUGUGUGCCAAAAAACAGCUUGAAAAAUUAAGUUUAAGAAAUACUCCCAUAGAUCACGAAGGAUGGGCGCUAUUAUGUUGGUUCUUAUCGAGGAAUCGUGUAUUGAAUAGACUUGACAUUACACAGUGCCCAUCAUUAUCCGUGAAUUUGAAAAGAAAGAAGAAGAAAGAGUCAGACAAAAAAGCUGAAGAGGUUGAUCGAAUGAAAAGCAACUUAGACAAUAGGACUGACAUGGAUUGGGCACUUUUCACUGCUACUAUCGUUGCUAGGGGAGGUAUAGAAGAACUUAUUUUGACAGGAUGUUGUAUCGACCAUAUACCAACAUUUGAGAAGCUCAUUAAAUUAGCAUUACUGAUAAAAACUAACAGAUUAGGUUUGGCUUACAGUAAUCUUUCUGUAAAGCAACUAGAAAUAGUAAGACAUUGGUUAAUGAAAGAUUUCGCAAGGGGCUUAGAUUUAGGAUAUAACGAUUUCCUGUCUUUGGAAUACAUGAAGGUUCUACUAGAUAUGAAAAAGUCUCAUCAUUUUGAAACUAAGUUGUCUAAAUCAUCUUUGGCUUUUUUCAGUUUGAACUCAUGCAAUUUAAGAUUUUCAGAGCCUUUUAAGGAAGUCUUUGAAACAAUAUUAAUGAAAUUUCCAUCACUCAAAUAUCUCGACUUAUCCAACAACAUGCAACUUUUCAACACCGAUAAGAAACCUUCUUCAGAAAAUGCUGAAUCAGAAGAAGCAAGUGAAGAAGAGCUUAAUACAAUAACAUACUUCACGUCCAAAUUUCCUAUGUUUCCUUUAUUAAUAAGACUUCACUUGGAAAAUAACAAUUUUGGGCUGAAGUCUUUGAUCUCGAUUGCUGAGAUUAUUCCCUUUUGUAGACACUUGGGCUACUUGUCUUUACUAGGAAAUAAGUUGGAUUUAGUUUCAGCAUCUGCCCUAAAUCAAGGGCUUAAAAAUUCGAAUACUUUAAUUGCAUUAGACUGCGACUAUGACGAUUUACCGGAUUUCAUCAAAGAAAGAAGUGGAUUAUAUACCAUGAGGAAUAUGGAAAGGAUGCUCUACGCGUCGAAGAAGCAAGAGCCAAAUAAACAAGAUGAAAAUUCGGAAGCUCCAUCUUUGACAGACCAUCUUGAUAGGAUCCUUGCCAUGAAAGCACAGCACAAGUUGGAUUUGAAUUCUCCCGAAGUUUCCUCUUUCAUAUCGAUGGUCAACAAAAUUCGCCAAGAAUUGAAAGAAACUGUCAAUGAAUUACUUAAGUUGCAAUUGAAAAAUGAGUUGAACAUCGAGGGAAAGGAAACCUUGAUAAGGUUGUUUUUCAUUAAUUCAUCAAUUGAGAGAGGACUACAGCUCAUUGAUCCAUCUCUUUGCGAUAAGAAUUCAUUCACAUUUCCCACGAAUUUAAGUUUAUCAGAGGAUGAAAAAAAUAAGUAUUUCAAGAGCUCUGAUUCAAAUGAAAUUGCGGAAGCUUCCAACUUUACUCCUAGUAAGUCCCAUCAAACGCUCUCCAAAUCAAGCUCUAAAACCAGCCUAAGCUCACUUGAUAAACAGGAGGGAUCUAUGUUGAGAUUACUGAAACUCAGAGACUACCAUCUUCCUAGUGCUCAUGCUAAGGCUGACGAUGAGGUUGGAUCAGCUGAUUUAUCAGGAGAAGAGAUUCGAGAGCGAGUUUUAAACACAGAUUUCAGUGAUUUAGACAAAAUGAUUGCAUACUUAAGGCAUUUGAGAGACAAAGGUGUUUCAUUGGAAGGGAUUUUCAAUAUGCAUGCUAAACACGGAAAAGAACUGCAAGCUUCUGCUGAUGUUGGCUUGGACAUGGACUUCUUAAAAGCAAGAUUACAGCAAUUGGUUGCACUUUCAACGCAACAUAAUGAUGCUUCACCUUCUUCUAAAGACGAAGCGAGCGGCAGCAGCGAUACUCAAACGAAUACAAAUCUUGACGAUAUCAAAGAUUUGGACAAAAAAAUUACAAAAGAAGCUGACACGUCAGAUAGUUCAGAGGAAGUCAAUAAGACGAUUGAUCAUGUAUUAAAUAAUCUUACCAAUUUAUAA